AUGGUUGGCCCGUCCGUUGUCCAUCUCCCAGAUGGACAGACUUUUACAGUCACCCCAGUCUUUGCAGGAUUCUUUUUCAAGUCGCACGAGCUCACUCACCAGCAUGCAUUCCCAGUCGGCUGGACCGUAGUUCUACACACUCAGGAAAAUCUAUCUGCCCCGGCCACUCCAGGAGCUGGCAACAGGGAAAAUGACCAGGAAUACAAUGACGACGAGGACCUGCAACCAAUCAGGCCGUUCACCCAGCCAACCCUGCAGGCAGACUGUCUCUUUAUCAGCUCCAUCAGCAACCCCUCCAGCAGCGAGUUUGCGCCACCGGCCAGUCCUACACGGCAGAUAGCCAUGAUGCUCUGGGUCACGCUCUACUGGUACUUUCACGAGCCCGCGCCCUCCCCGAUCCUGCCCGCCACAGGAUUGUCGGCCUCCACGCCAGAAGCCGGCCGGCCUCGUGGGGAGUGGCGCAUCAACAUCAAGCGCAGUGGCGUGCUGCGUGAGAAGAACCUGCUGCCUAAGCUGGAGAGGAUGGGACUCAUCACGACCCUAGCUUCCUCGGCCGGGCCUGCCGAGGGCGACGCCGACUGGGACAACAUGUUUGUCACUAGAAAGGCUUUCUGGCAAAUCCCCGGGAGGUUGUUUCUGUUCACGCUGGCGCCGAAGCCUCGGGGGAAUGGUGCCCAAGGUUCCAAUGCUGGCGCCCCGUCGGGAAGCAGGCCGACAUCUCCGACCGCCAAAUCCACCACCUCAUCGUCGAUGCACCCGCAGCCCCUCGUACCCACAUCGUCCUUCCCCAUGGGCCCCUUCCACAGCUCCGCUCACCUCCCGACCUACUAUCCGCCCGCACCGGCGCAGUAUACCAUGACCAACGGGGUGCGGCAUCCAGUCCGGCCCCGGCCGCCGAGGCAGGGCGAGGUAUUUUAUAGCCGGUUCGUGCCCACGGCCGGCGCCUACCUCUCGUUCCGCGUGGCGUCGAGCGACCCCAACCCCGUGCCCUACGGCGGGCCCGUCGGGCCAGGACAGGGGUCCUGCAGGAUCAGCGCCGGGGCGGCCUCGCACGCCCACCUGGCGUCGCUAGCGGACACGAGCCUGCUGCAGAUGUGGAUGGAGAAGGAGCGCGUGUCGGCGUUUUGGGGUUCGUACACACCGACGUUCCUGUCGUCGGCGCUCGAGUCGAGGAACUCGUUUCCCGUGGUGGCUCUCUGGGACGGCAUACCGUUUGCGUACCUCGAGAUCUACUGGUUGAGGGAGGACCCCGUCGCCAGGUGUCUCGGCCCCAGGGCGGUGGACGACUGGGACAGGGGCGUGCACGUGUUUGUGGGCGAGGAGUGGGCGAGGGGUGAGGUGCAGCUUUGGUUGAGCAGCGCGGUGCACUGGAUCCUGACGGCAGAUUACAGGACCAUGAGCGUCUGUGUGGAGCCGAGGGUCGAUAACGCCAAGUUCAUUCGACAUCUUCAGGCUGGAGGGUUUGAAAAGGAGGCUGAGCUCACUCUUCCUCACAAGCAGGCCUGGUUUGGUCGGUUAAGGAGGGAAAAUUGGCAAGGACCAAGUUUAUAAUGUUGGACGGGCACAAUAGAACAUUG